AUGAAUUCCAACAUGCAGAAACAUGUUUCCGGCGAUCUCACCACGAAGAAAUCAAACCGCAAGGCCGUCGUCUCCUCCGCCGAGCCAAACUCCGGCGAUCUUACCGCGAGGAAACCAAGCGGCAAGGCCGUUGACUCCUCUGUCGAGCCAAUCGUACGAGCCAGCUUCACCGGAGUCUCCCCUGUUUCAGCUGUUCCCGGUGAUCCAAAAUCCAAGAAACUAAACGGCAAGGCCGCUGUCUCCUCCGCGGAUCCUAUCUCCGGCGAUCUCACCGCGAAGAAACCAAACGGCAAAGAUGUUGACUCCUCCGCCGAGCCAAUCAAACGAGCCAGCCACACCAUAAUCUCUCCCGUUCCAGUUGUCUCCGGCGAUCCAAAGUCCAAGCAGAAAAACGGUAAGGCCGUUGUCUCCUCCGUCGAGGCGAUCAGACGUACCGGAAAUGCCGGUGGUUCGUGCGCCGACGUUGUCUCCGGCAAGCUUACACCGAAGAAGUUAAAGGGCAAGGCCGUCGACUCCUCCUCCGUUGAAGUGCUGUUCUUCAAAGAUGUCAAGUUCGGACCUCAAAAAGGCAAGCUGAGGUUUCGUCUGAUCCAUUUUUGGGAGGCUCGGAACGCACACACGAAGAUACUCAUUGGUAUUGAGAUGAUUCUCAUCGACGAACAGGGUACUGUGAUCCAGGGGUUCAUUCCACCGAGCAGGAUUGACACUUAUUUGCCACAUAUGAUCGCUGGUUCUCUCUACAGGCUUAUUAAGUUUUAUGGAUCAAAGAGCAAGACUGUGUAUCGAGUUUCUGAGCAAGACGUGACCAUUUCUUUCUCAUGGAAUUAUGUCCUCUCUGUCCUCGAGAACUGCCCGGUUCAGUUUCUUGAAGAUCGGUUCCGUUUCUAUGGUUAUGAAGAGUUUGAAUCAGCCUGUGACCUCAUGGGGGAUCUUUAUGAUUAUAUUGGUCACAUUAAGCUGGUGAAUGAACAGGCAUUGGGUGACGGUCUUGUGCUUGAUGAAGUUGAGAUAGCUUCUUCACGGCGAAUUCUGGUUCAUGUUCAGACUCAUGAUGGUCCUGUGAUGAAGCUUUAUUUAUGGGACACUGCUGCUACGGACUUUUGUUUGAAAUUUAAAGCGCAAGAAAACCCUCCAAGUGUUAUCCUCGUGACUACCGUAAACCCGAAACGAUUUGGAGACCUGGACGUGCAACCAACCAAAGAUUAUCUGGCUUGGCUGGGUUCAAACUCGGAAGUUUCUAACAGGAUCAAUGCUGAUAUAGUGACCAAGGCUGAGACAGUCACUAUAGGAGAGCUAUUUACCUACAUCAAGCAGGAGGGAGCAAAGGUUGCUUGGUUUGAGUGCACAGCCACCAUUGAUGAUGUUGGUCAUGGUUCGGCAUGGUAUUAUAUAGCUUGCGGUGGUUGUAAAACUAAGGCGACCAAAGGGCCUACUACACUUAUGUGUAAGAAAUGUGGAAAAGCUGAAGUGGCCGGUGUUGCAGAGUACCUCACAAACCUCUCUGUCUAUGACAAUAAUGGCCAUGCGCGUUUUGUGCUUCUCUGUGAUGCUGGGCGUGAUCUGACUGGGAAGCUAGCCUCUGAAUUGGUUGAGAGCUACUUUGAGGCCAAUGAGAGCGUAGGUGAUGAUGCCGUUGUCCCAGUGCCUCAGGCUCUGAUUGACACAAUUGGGCAGACUCGCAAGUUCGUUGUGAAGGUAUCAAAGCACAACUUGGAAGGCAAGACCCAAGCUUGACUGUGACAAAGGUGCUGCCACUUGAAGUUCCAGUGCUUGAAGACGUCCUAGAUGAGAACGUGGCUGAGGAACCUGCUGAUGGAAGGGAUGAUGCUGCGGGUGUGACUGUGAAAAGGAGCUCUGAUGGAAUGGAGUCAGGAGAGACCAAGCGUGCCAAAUGUGGCUAAUAAAUUUUAAUACUGUUUUUUUUUUUUGUGUUUCAUGAAGACUAUGCUUUGUUUCUUUCGUUUUGGAUUUUAUUUUCCCAGCAUUUGAACAACU